AUGCUCCACCUCUACGAGACGCUCGGCUGGUGGCGGCGGUCCGCGGAGGCGAAGCGCGUCCACUUCGCGCAGGAGGUCAACGAGUUCCACCACCUGCUGGUCAUGGAGUCGCUCGGCGGCGACCGGCGCUGGGCGGACCGCUUCUUCGCGCAGCACGCGGCGAUCAUCUACUACUGGGUGCUCAUCGCGCUCUGGCUCCUGUCGCCGACGACGGCCUAC